GUCAUCCCUCUCUCCUCAGGUGCCAUCCACCUCGAGUUUCACUCCAGUGGGAAUCACUAUGUCUGGAGGAAAGUCACCUCCACCGUUCACAACAUCAUCGUGGGCAAGCUCUGGAUUGACCAGUCUGGUGAGAUAGAGAUUGUUAACCAUAAGUCAAAAGAUAAAUGCCAGCUGAAAUUUACCCCCUACAGCUACUUCUCCAGAGACGUCCCCCGAAAGGUGACAGGGGUGGUGAGUGACGCUGAUGGUAAAGCCCACUACGUCAUGUCUGGCACGUGGGAUGAGAAGAUGGAGUGCUCCAAGAUAGUGCAGAGCAGCCACGGCAGCACCAGCACGGAGGGCAAACAGAAAACCGUCUACCAGACACUGUCUCCAAAGGUCCUGUGGAGGAAGUACCCCCUCCCGGAGAACGCUGAGAACAUGUAUUUCUUCUCUGACCUGGCCCUCACCCUGAACGAGCCCGAGGAGCGAGUGGCUCCCACCGACAGCCGG